AUGCUGGAUGCAGCUGUAUGGCUGCUACUGGUGCUUCUACUGACGGCUCUCAUCUUUGCGAUUUUGGGAAUGCUCGUCGGGUUUCUGUGCGCCCUCACCACGAUAACGACCAAGCUCUUUGUGUAUGCUGGGACCGACCUGUGGGAGAGUCUCGAGAAUUACUGUGACCGAGCCAAUCGCCCUCGCCUCCUCGCCCUAGUCAGCCUAGUCGCUAAGGUCCAAAUCCUCGACUCGGAGCGGGCCCUGCGACUCGACUACCUGCAGAAGAAAAAGGCGCUCAUGGCCGAGGCUAGCGCUCUGGUCCAGCGCCAUGCCCGGUUAGCCGAGCAAACUGAUGAAGCUCGACAAACCCCCAAGGACUCUGGCCCCCACUCGACACACGACCAGUCGAUGCAACGGAACCAGCUCACGCGAGAGUCCCACACAGUCUCGGUUCAACUACGGAAGAACUGGCAGAAGAUCAAGGCAUUGAGCGACGAGUACCCGGUAAAGGGUGCUUGGAUCCGGGCAGAUUUGAGGAUGUCUAAGAAGCUAGAACCCCAUGGCAAGGAGGCACAGGCGUGCCGGCUGCGGGGCGGUUGCUUGUCAAAGGACUGGCCGGAGAUCUAA